GUAUGGUCUACAACGUUUAUUAAUAAAACCUCUGAUGUACCAAACAUUGAACACUCUUUUAAAGUUUUAAGUGUUGUAUUGCUAUUAUUAAAAUAUUAAAGAAUGAACCGUGAAGGUCAAAUUUGAGUAUAUUUCGUUUAGUGUUCAAUUAUAAUUUUCGUGAAAUAAAAAAUGGGUUUUGAAGAUGGUCAAAUAGUUCUAGACAGUCCCAAUGGAGCGUACUACUCAGGACAGGCGGUCUGUGGAACAUUACAUUUUAUACAGCCAAAAGUAAAAACAUUCAGAGGUAUAUAUGUACAGUUUAAAGGAUAUUGUAAAGUUCAUUGGACCACUUCUCACACUAGGACGGUAAAUGGUAAAAGUGAAUCAUAUACAACAUCUCAUGAUUCACAUGAAGAAUAUGUGAAUGUGAAGACUUAUCUAGUUGGAGGAGAGUCAGGCGAACAUAGCAUCGACCCUGGAACUUAUGAGUACAAUUUCAGGUUCAAUAUUCCUGUCAAUUGCCCAUCAUCCUUUGAGGGUCACUUGGGUCAUGUGAGAUAUGAGAUUAAAGCCGUAGUAGACAGGGCAUUUAAAUUUGAUCAGGAGAAGAAAGUUGCUGUACGUGUUAUGGCACCCCUGGAUCUCAAUCAAAAUCCUUAUUGCAAGGAUCCUUUGGAGCUGGAGUUCAAUGAUUCCUACUGCUGCUUCUGUAUGGGAUCAGGCUCAGCGGACACAAUGGUGAAGCUGCCUGUAGCAGGUUAUUGCCCUGGCCAGACUAUACCCAUCGAACUUAAAUGUUCUAAUCAAGGCAGUGUUGAGAUUGAUUAUAUAAAAUUGGAAAUAACUAAGAAACUAACCUUUACUGCAACCCACGAGCCUGGAACUAGGACAGAGAAAGAAACUGUAGCAGAGAUCAAGAAGAAUUCUAUACCCACAAACACCACCAGAGAUUGGACCGUGGAGAUGAUGGUCCCAGCCCUGGAUGUAUACAAUCUGGACAACUGUCGGUACAUUGAUGUGGAAUACAAAUUCAAGGUGACAGUUAACCCUUCUGGAUGUCACUCAUCCACUGAUGGAAGUCGGAAGAUUAUAAUUGGUACAGUUCCACUAGUCGGUUUCCAAGAUGACGUACAGAAUCCACUCGAAAGUCAAAUGCCGCAGCAAACGAUUACAGCCGUUACCCAGCAGCCAGUAUCAGGAAUAAGUUCCUACCCUGGAUCCCCAUACCCUCCUGUGGUUAAUGUUCAACCUUACCCUAAUACUGCCUCACCGUACCCGCCAGCUCCGUCACCCUAUCCUCAAACCACAUCACCCUAUCCACAAGCCACAUCACCCUAUCCUCCAACCACAUCACCCUAUCCUCCAACCACAUCACCCUAUCCUCCAACCACAUCACCCUAUCCUCCAACCACAUCACCCUAUCCUCCAACCACAUCACCCUAUCCUCCAACCACGUCACCUUACCCUCAAACCACGUCUCCUUACCCUGAAACCACGUCACCAUAUCCAAACCCUGCAUCACCCUAUGCUCCCACUUCUUCACCUUACCCAAAUAAAUCUCCAUACCCUACUGGCAAUUCCCCAUACCCUCCUGCGAACCCAUCAAGUUCUCCAUAUCCAGACAACCCUCCCCCAUACCCUGGUAACAAUCAAGCAAAUAAUUCCCCAUAUCCAGCCAGCCCUCACCCCUCUACUAAUUCCCCCUAUCCGGCUGCUCCCUACCCUGCAACUAAUGCACCCUACCCUGAUUCUUCCCCUUACCCUCCUAAACAAGACAAGACAAAUAAGCCCCUGGGUUUCUCGGUUCCAAGUGGUAAUGAAGUCAGUACACCACUUUUGCAGCCGAACCUCGAUCCCAGCCCUUACCCACCUACAUCGAGCCCCAACCCGUUCGCAGCUGCCAGCGCGCCCACGCUGGACUCGCCCGAUACCCAGAAAUGAAACGAAUGUGAAUUUAGAAAGCACCUAAUCAUACCUAUUUUGAUGAGCAAGAAUUUAUAUUGAAUUACUCAUUUUUUUUAUAAUAAUUGUUUUUUUUUACGUGCCCCUUUAUAAAAGGGAGGUUUGUUAAGUUCAGUAUUUGUGUAUGUCUGUCUGUGGCACAAUUAUUCUUAAAUGUAUAUGUUAUUUUUAUGUUGAAUAGUCUUAAGAAUGUGCUUAAAAAGGCAACUCAAAUUUUUUUUACAGCAUUUAAAUGCUAAAUAUGUUUAUGUUUUAUAUAUUUUAUACAAUUCUAUUUUAUAACUUUCUUAAUACCUUUAUACUACAAGUAUUCUUAUGAUCUUUACCGUUAUGCAGUGGUGUUGUGCUAAUUUUUUUUUUUACCGGAACGCGUUCCUGUCCAAAAAGGAAGUACCAAAACAACGUUCCGGCUCCACAACGCCACUGCCUUUAUGAUUCUCAAUAAAUCUUUCUAUUUUAUUUUAUCGCUAUUAACAAAAAACUUUACCGUUUGCACGAUAGAAACGUUUAUUUUAUAAAACAAUUGUACUAUAAAGUGCCUUGAUAAUUGAAAUGUUGUGCCAUUUUAAUAUAGAGUAAGACAGAAGAACUAUUUUUACCAACGUCGACAAUGUUCCAACAGCCUAAAGUCAUUAUACUGUAGUUUACUAUUAAUAAGAAUACAUAUUUUUUAAAUUUAUUAAAUCAUAUACUACCUCAUA